AUGGCUCUCUGCAUUUGGCAUACAUAUUUAAUUCGUAAUGGUGAGACAAGUAUUGAACGUCAUAUCAAUGCAAAAUUCACACAAGUAUUAAAACAACGUGGAGUAAUUUAUCGUAAUCCGCAUAAUUUCGGCAUAUUUUUAAAUUGGAUAAAAUUUCUGUGUCUUAUUGAUAAGCAUGAAAUGGUGAAUUACAAUUUCAAGAAGAAAUCAUUCCAUUUAUAUGUUGUACUUUGUAAAAGGUUUUUUAAUCGUAUUCUGUUACCUUCAUAUCAUGCACCUUAUGAUGAUGGUUUCAAUUAUGAAUUGAAUGUUGAUACUGCAGAGUCAGUUCUCGAAUCUUUAUCGGAAUCUGGAAUGUAUUAAUAUAAUCUUUUUCAUUUCAUAA